CUGAAGCUCAGCCGUUCUGACUAUCGCUGGCGACCUCGUGGCGGAGUGACGGCCUCGUGCGCCCCGCAGGACGACUGUAAUGGGUCUGACAUCAGAGAUGAAGCUGGCUGUGCCCUGGGGACACAUCGCUGCCAAACUCUGGGGCUCCCAGCAGGGCCCCCCGGUUCUUUGCCUGCACGGCUGGCUGGACAAUGCCAACUCCUUUGACAGACUCAUCCCUCUUCUCCCAAAAGACUUUCAUUACGUUGCCAUGGAUUUCGGGGGACAUGGGCUCUCAUCGCAUUACAGCCCAGGUCUCCCGUAUUACCAGCAAAACUUUGUGAUUGAGGUCCAGAGAGUUGUAGCAGCUUUGAAAUGGAAUCGUUUUUCCAUCAUGGGCCACAGUUUUGGCGGUAUUGUGGGCGGAAUGUAUUCCUGUACCUUCCCCGAGACGGUGGAUAAACUUAUCUUGCUGGACACGUUGCCGUGUGCCCUGGACUAUAAAGAAUCGGAGAACUUGCUGACCUAUAAGCGAAGAAUGAUAGAGCACAUGCUACAGAUAGAGGCCUCCCAGAAGCCCCAGCGAGUGCUCAGCCCGGAGGAGAUGCUGCAGGGGUUCCUGAAGAACAACAGUCACGUGGGUGAGGAAUGCGCACGGCUCCUCCUGCAGAGAGGAACCACCCAGGUGGCCACAGGUCUGGUGCUGAGCAGAGACCGGAGGAUCUCUUUGCCAGAGCACAACAUCGAUUUCGUCAGCAGGGACCUGCUUGUGCAUUUCAUCAGGAAGCUGCAGGCCCACGUCCUGCUCAUCAAAGCAACGCAAGGGUUUUAUAACGUGAGAAGAGAGAACGACGCUGACAAGGAGGCCCUAAAUUUGGUGAAGGACAUACUGAAAUCUGUCCUAAAGGAGUGGUUCCAGUACACAGAAGUCCCGGGCAAUCACUACGUCCACAUGAACCAACCCCAGCGUGUGGCCGGGAUCAUCGGCUCCUUUUUGAAGAGCAGUACCCCGAACCAGCUGUAGCCUGGGCCUGGGGCUUUGCCCCGCU